UUCCGCUCGUCCCGCCAAUCGCCAUUAUUAACAGCUCCGCGGUCCCUCCCUCCCUCGGUCGGUCGGCGUCGGUCCCUCCCUCCCCACCCAGUUAGUCCUCAGCCUAUCCCGUGCCCGCGCAGAGCACCGCCUCUGCUCGACCCACCACCCUCUGUGCAGAGUUAAUUAACCUUGAGGUUUCCGAUUGCCCUUCCCUUCCGCUCCUCUCGCCCAUUCGCGGCGAGAUUCAGCGGCAAGGAUGCGCCUGCACGCGGAGGUGCGGGAUGAGAUGGAGGAGGGGAGCGAGGAGGGGGCUGUGACGGCUUCGGCGGGGCUGUCGCCACCGCCACUCAUCGGUGCGGCGGCGCCGGUUCCCCGGCUAGUGGUGGGGUUCGCCCUCACGAAGAAGAAGGUGAAGAGCUUCCUGCAGCCCAAGCUGCUCCUGCUGGCCAGGAAGAAUGGAAUCAGUUUUGUAUCUAUUGAUGAGUCUCUUCCCCUCUCAGAACAAGGCCCUUUUGAUGUUAUUUUACACAAGAUUACUAGGAAGGAGUGGCAGAAGGUUCUGGAGGACUAUCACGAAGAACAUCCAGAAGUUACUGUCCUUGACCCACCAAAUGCUAUCGAGCAUCUGAACAAUCGACAAUCAAUGCUUGAAGAAGUAGCUGAUUUGAACCUGUCAAAUUUCUAUGGAGAAGUUUGUAUCCCACGCCAGCUGGUCAUUACGAAAGAUCCAUCCUCUAUACCAACUUCUGUAGCUAUGGCUGGACUAACUUUGCCCUUGGUUGCCAAGCCAUUGGUUGUUGAUGGGACGUCUAAAGGUCAUGAACUAUAUCUUGCAUAUGACGAGGCAUCCUUGUCAAUGCUUGAUCCGCCUCUGGUUCUACAGGAAUUCAUAAACCAUGGCGGGAUCCUCUUUAAGGUGUAUAUCAUUGGUGAAACAAUACAGGUUGUCCGCAGGUUCUCUCUUCCUGAUGUUAACACAUAUGACUUACUAAACAACGUUGGCAUCUAUCGAUUGCCAAGAGUUUCAUGUGCUGCAGCUAGUGCGGAUGAUGCAGAUCUUGACCCUCUUAUUGCAGAGCUUCCUCCAAGGCCACUUCUAGAGAAACUGGGCAGGGAGCUUCGUGGCCGGCUUGGUUUGAGAUUGUUCAAUAUAGAUAUGAUUAGAGAACUUGGAACCAAAGAUCGGUACUACAUAAUUGAUAUCAACUACUUCCCAGGUUACGGCAAAAUGCCAGGAUAUGAGCGCAUGUUCACAGACUUCUUACUAAGUCUCGCACAAAGCAAGUACAAAAGGUAUGCUUCCCCACCGCGCCAAUGUACAUUUGCUGGAGACAUAAGCAUAAGCGGGAGGCUUGAGGAAGUUGGCAAGUCUCAGUGUGUGUGUUCAAAAUCGGUGGCACAUGCUGGACUGGAGUAGGAAAUAACCAAGGAAACGCUUGGAUGCGCUGUACUCAUGUUGUAAAAUGUUUAACUGAAUGAACACCUUCCUCGUGAUGGCUCCCUCCAUCGUAAUUUGGCAACCAUGAGAAUUAAUUCUGCA